AAUGACACUGACACAUCCAUGCCAAAUUUGCAGUUAAUAUUUUAAUUCGUUUUAAUCAGACCCUCAACUUUACCAAAACAGGUAUUAGGGUCCUAUAUAAAUAUAGGUGUAUUCCUAUCUCUUUAUCUGUAUUAUUGUGGAAUCCAUCAGUGCUUCGUUUAUUCGUUAGACUGUGAAAAAAUAGAUAACAGAAACUGACAUGGGUUGUGGCGAAGCGCUUAUGAAAUUGUUUAUGCUUGUGGUGAAUACCAUUUUUGCUCUCGGUGGUCUUAUUCUAAUCGUCAUAGGAGUAGUGAAAAAACUAAACGUAAAAAAUUUAAGUGAAGCCAUACCAGAUGACUAUUCAAUAGAGGUUGCUCCGAUACUGACCAUUGUAGUAGGCGUAAUAAUAUUUGUCAUCGCAUUCUUUGGAUGCUGGGGAGCCAUCAGAGACAGCCCGUUUUUGCUCACAACGUAUGGAGUAAUAUUGUUGGUAAUAUUUUUGCUUCAAAUCGCCGUUGGAAUUUUUGCUGUUACACAUAUAAAGGAUGAAGAAAAUUUCAAAAUUCAAGUGAAAAAGCAAGUGAUUAGAGUGUUUAAUGAAGCUAAGAGGAAUAAAAAGUACGAAUUAACGGAUCUUAUUCAAAAAGAUUUCCAUUGCUGUGGUCCUGACGGUUCAUCAUUUUGGGGGAAUGAUAUACCAGAUUCAUGUUUUGAUUCACAUAAGCACCAGUAUAAGGAUGGAUGCAAAAUAAAGGUUUACGAGUUCCUUCAUAAAACCAUGUUUAUUAUUGGAAUAACAGUUAUAGCAUUUUCAGUGCUUGAGGUUAUAGGCUGUAUAUUUUCACUCUGCUUAGCCAGCCGUAUAAAGAAAAGGGAAAGAAGAUUCAGUUACUAAGGUUUCUCAAAGAAAUAUUCAGCCUUAAGGAAUAUAAAAGUCUUCAUUACUUAUUUAAUGUAUAUUUAUUAUAAAUAAAACUGUAGCCCA